GCUCGUGGGUUCGUGAGGAUGUCCGUGGAAGUCGAAAUGGGCUUCGCGGACCCGGGGGGACGUAGGGCUCGUGGGUUCGUGAGGAUGUCCGUGGAAGUCGAAAUGGGCUUCGCGGACCUGGGGGACGUACGUGAGGAUGAACUUUUGAUUUCAACAUCUAACAGAAAACGUCCCGGACGUCCUAAAAAUGAAGUCUGGCAGCACUUUGACACUAUCCCAGUUGAUUCAACAAAUGGAAAAAAAGAUUUACAUUCUGGGGCAGCAUGCAAAUUUUGCAAACAAAAAUGGUCUCGUGGAAAAACCUCUGAAAUGAUAGCACAUCUUGCUCUACAAUGUCCAAAACCACCGCCACCAGAACAAUCAAAAAUUACAAAUCAUGUAGAAAAAUUAACAGUUACAGAUGAUAAGCAAAGAAGAUGUUCUAGAGCACUUACCAAAUUUUUUGUUACUUGUGGGGUCCCUUUGUGGAUUGUAGAAAAUCCUUUUUUUAUUGAUUAUUCAAAAGAAUUAUGUCCAGGUUUUCAAGUUCCUAAAAGAACAAUUCUAUCUACUACUAUGAUUAAUGUAGAAACUGCUACUGUUAUAGCUGAAAUGAAAAAGAAACUUUCUAAUGAGACAAAUUUAACUUUAGGAGGAAGGGAAAAAUCUGCUAAUGAAUUAAUUGCACAAAUUUCAAACUAUUCUUUAAAAAGUAAACCAUAUGAUUUUGAAUUUGUAACUGGAAUUCAUACAGUAAAAAAUUGGUGGCUUAUGUGCAAACAACAAAAUAAUCAUAUUCAAAAACUUGCUCUUUUAAUGGCAUCAAUUGUACCAAGUAAUGCAAGUUGUGAAAGAUAUUUUUCAGUAUUGGGUUGGUAUAUGAAUAAACGAAGAACAAGUUUAAAUUGUUCACUUUUACAAAAUAUGUUACAAAUGCAUGCAUAUUAUGUUUCAAAUAUUUCAAAUGAAAUUAAACAUGCAUACAAGGAGUUAAGUGAUGAAGGAUUUGAAGAUGCAGUUACCAAAACAACUUUUCCAUUUGAUGAUGAAAUUUUUGAUGAAAAUGAUGAUGAAUUAGAAAAUAAUCAAUUUGAAAAUGAUGAUGAAUUAGAAAAUAAUCAAUUUGAAAAUGAUGAUGAAUUAGAAAAUAAUCAAUUUGAAAAUAAUGAAGGUGAAAAUCAAAUAUCAAAUUCUCAAAAUUUUGAUUCAUUUUUUAAUGUUACUGAUAUUGAACUUCGACGAGUUCUUGAAAUUGAAGUAACUGUUGAGAUACCUUUAUCAACAGAAUAUACUGAUUCUGGUGAACAGGAUUUUAAUAUUGAAUCAAUAAUAAAUAAAUCAUUGGAAAGACGUGAAUCUG